AAAAAUCGACCGAUUGUCAAAAGCCAUCCUUUGUUUAAUAAACAAACUAGUGCAAAGUGAACGCUUUUACAAAAUAGCUUUAAUAAACGAUUGCGGUCAAAAUGGAAGCUUCGGCAUUUGUUAAGCAAGAGGAUGGUGUUGAAACCACAAAAAUAUGUCGAUGGUGUCUGACGGAAGGAGAUGCUUUGGAAGCUCUAACGCCCGACGAAUCCGGACAAUAUAAAGUACAAAAAAUCUUCGAUUUUACCGAUCUGCAGAUUGAAUUGUCUCCUGAAGUUCCAUCAUAUUUGUGCACGACGUGCGAAUCCCGUUUGGAAAACAUGGAUACAUUUCGUUGGCGAUGCAAUGAGAACAAUGAUAAGGUCGAUAGAUUUAUCAAACAGCAGAACACAUCGAAGAACGAAUCUGAAAUCGCACAAAACCAUCUUGACCACUCUGCCGAACAAACAGUUGGCGCAGAAAUGGUAAUUAAAACCGAAGUUACCUCACCGGAUGCAGCGAACGAUUUGCAUUUGACUCAGAGGAACUGUACAGCUGGGAAGGAACCAUUCGAAGCAGAAGAAAAUCCAAUCAAAUUAGAGUAUGUAGAUGUCGAUGAGCUGUAUCAGUUGCAAACAAAUGCGAUAUUGGAUCAUGAACAGGACGACCUGCAAACAAAUCCUUUAGAAUUGGUCUGUCAAGACCGAGAAGAUCACUCUAUGUCGAACAACAUGUGUGCAGAUGCCACAGAAUUGACAAUUAAAACUGAAGUUACUACAUCGGAUGAAGCGACGGAUUUGCACUUGAACCAGAAGUGUUUUACUGUUCAUGAAGCGAAUAGGACAUAUGAAUGUUGUGGCAAAAUACCUGAUGAUUUAUUCGAGGCAGACGAAAAUCCAAUUGUAAUCAAAUCAGAGUACGAAGAUGGCGAUGAGCAGCAUCAGCUGCAAACAGCGAAUGGUGUUCUCGAUCAUGAGCAGGAUAACCAAAAAACAAGUCCUUUGGAUUCGAUCUAUCAGGAUCAUCAUGUGACCGUGGCAGACAAUAAGUGUGCCGAUGAUUCUGCGGCAGAAUCAACUCAAAACGUCUCGAGUCCCAGAACUCGGAACGCUCGUAGCAAAAGUCAUUCAAAAAAUCAUAAACAUCAUUGCCCUCAUUGUUCGGCAAAAUAUCCAUAUUUGAACAUGUUAAAGAAUCACAUCCGCACUCAUACUGGCGAAAAGCCAUACCAGUGUAAAGUAUGUGACAAAGCGUUCCAUUUAUCAACCAAACUAGUUAAACAUUCAAAAAUUCACAAUAAGGACCAACAGCAUAAGUGUCCUUAUUGUUCAUUCAUGGUCGCACAGUCAUACAACUUAAAGAUUCAUAUCCGUACUCACACUGGCGAAAGGCCGUACAAGUGUAAAGUGUGUGAUAAAGCCUUCCAUUCAUCAUCCACACUAGCGAAACAUUCGAAAAUUCACAAUAAGGACCAACAGCAUAAGUGUCCCCAUUGUGCAUCAAUGUUCGCAGAGUCAUCUAACCUAAAGGUUCACAUCCGCACUCACACCGGCGAAAUGCCAUACAAGUGUAAGUUCUGUGACAAAGCGUUCAGCACAUCAAGCAAUCUAGUAAGCCACUCCAAAAUGCAUAAGAAGAGUAAAACUCGUUAA